CGCGCCCGCGGGGCCAUGAGGGCGGGCUCCGGCCAUGGCCCAUGGCAGCGCGGCGGUCAUGCUGAAGUGCGUGGUGGUGGGGGACGGCGCCGUGGGCAAGACGUGCCUGCUGAUGAGCUACGCCAACGACGCCUUCCCCGAGGAGUACGUGCCCACCGUCUUCGACCACUACGCAGUCAGCGUUACCGUCGGGGGCAAGCAGUACCUGCUGGGGCUGUAUGACACCGCCGGGCAGGAAGACUAUGAUCGUCUGAGACCUUUAUCUUAUCCUAUGACCGAUGUCUUCCUUAUCUGCUUCUCAGUGGUAAAUCCUGCUUCAUUUCAAAAUGUGAAGGAAGAGUGGGUACCGGAGUUGAAGGAAUAUGCACCUAAUGUUCCCUUUUUACUAGUAGGAACACAGAUUGAUCUUCGUGAUGACCCAAAAACUCUGUCAAGACUGAAUGAUAUGAAAGAGAAGCCGGUAUCUGUGGAGCAAGGACAGAAGUUAGCAAAAGAGAUAGGAGCCUACUGCUAUGUGGAGUGUUCAGCUUUAACACAGAAAGGACUGAAGACCGUUUUUGAUGAAGCUAUUAUAGCCAUUCUAACUCCAAAGAAACACACAGUGAAGAAGAGAAUAGGCUCAAGAUGCAUAAACUGCUGUCUGAUCACGUGAGAUACAUUUGACAAUGGCCAGGCUUACUGUGAAAUUCUACUGAAUUUAAAUGCAAUGCAUUAAGUACACAGCGAACUUCUUACAGGUUUGAAAGGUAAAACUAUGACUCUGCCUUCUGCAACCAGUGAAAUCCAGAGGAUUAAAAUCAAACUCAACGAACUUGAAAUAAGAAGCCAA